GCGCGCACAUACGCAUACAUGACCCCAAUAAGUGAAACUAACAACAAAGCACAAAUCCCACUAUUCCAUUCAUUCAUAGCCGUACUAUCUACUCUUAGUAUAUAUAUUAGAUCAUAUUGCUCUGUCUACCUCACCCAAAAUCCCAACUUGGUUUAGAGAUAAGGUCUCUAUUAUACUAUACAUAUGGAUGUUAAUGUUAUUAAGAAAAGUGAAGGGUCACAGGUGCAACAACUUGCAAACGAGAUGGGACUAAGAAAAGGUCCAUGGACGGUUGACGAGGACGCCAUUCUCACCAAUUACAUCUCCACACACGGUGAGGGUCACUGGAAUUCCGUCGCACGUUCUGCAGGAUUGAAGAGAAGCGGUAAAAGCUGCAGAUUAAGGUGGCUAAACUACUUGCGCCCCGACGUGCGCCGUGGAAAUAUCACACUCCAAGAACAGAUAUUGAUUCUUGACCUCCACUUCCGGUGGGGCAAUAGGUGGUCAAAGAUUGCUCAGCACCUGCCAGGAAGAACGGACAACGAAAUCAAGAACUACUGGAGGACGAGGGUGAUAAAGCAGGCGAAGCAGUUAAAGUGCGAUGUUAACAGCAAGCAGUUUAGAGACGCCUUGCGUUACGUGUGGAUGCCACGAUUGCUCGAGAGGCUCCACCCUGCACCACAAAAACUCACUAACCAAACCGAACCUGAAACCCAAACCGGAGUUCUUGUUUCUAACCGAAACGGUUCAGAUUCCGGACCUUUACUGUGCGCGAAACAGAGCAACUGCCUAUCGGACUCGUCGUCGGGACAGAGUGUGAGUGUGGGAAAUCAAUGGUCAAGUUUCAAUAAUCAGUUGUUGUUUGAACAGGGGACAAAUGAAAAUGGACAUGGUUGUGGUGGUGGUGGUGAGUCACUAGAGUGUUUGUGGAAUGAUGAGAAUGUGUGGUUCUUGCAACAACAACUUUGCGAUGAUCUUGAAGUGAAAUUCAAUUCUCUUGCGUGAAGCAUAAUGUGAAGACUUUGAUGUACAAAGUAGGAGUGUAGGUAAUAGGUGGAUUGUGGCCAUUAGGGGAUGAAUUCUCCUACCAUCGAUAGCUACAAACACAUGGAAAGUGUACCUAUUAUUGUUAGUCUCUUUCGUUUCAA